AUUAUUAAUAAUUAUUUUCAGUCGUAAGUCAUAACCACCCAUUGGACCACGGUCUUAGAUUCUUGAAGUUUCAUUAUGUGAUAGCAUAGAACAAUAGCACGGUGUGAUAGCAUGGUCGGUGGACUGUGAUAACGAUGGCGUUGAUAACAAGUCGAUAUACUCGAUUAGAAUGAUAAUUUCGUCGUUCCGCGUUCGAGGCAUAGACAUUUAAAAACUUUUCACCCCCCCCCCCCCCAACAACCAUGUACGACCCGCCACCGGAACCUCCCUCUGAGUCGGACUGCUGCGGUACCGGAUGCGCGGACUGCGUGUUCGACGUGUACGACCGAGAGUGCGCGCGGUGGCGAUGUCGGCGCCAGACCGGCGAGGGUGACCGGCUGCGGCGUGACCUGCUGUCGGCGACCACGCACAGGCCGUACCGGAUCGUGUCCGCGCGGCCGCUCGGCGAUGACGUACACGCGUACACGUUCGCGGCCACCCCGACGGCCGUCGGCCGGCUGCCGGUCGCGUACACUCAGCACGUUCACGUCCGGCUGGCCGACGGCCUCAGCAGACCGUACACGCCGGUGGCCGUGGGCGACGACGAUUGCUCGUUCGACGUCCUGGUCAAGGCCUACCCCGGCGGAAGGUUCACCGGGCGGCUGUUGGAAAUGACCGUGGACGACGUCGUCGAGGUGCGCGGGCCUUCGGGUGGCGUGCGGCACGACGGGUACGAUUCGAUAGUCAUGUUCGGCGGCGGUACCGGCGUGGCCGGCUUCGUGGGUCUGAUCGGGUCGCUGUUGGACGACGACAAGUGCGAGGCGUUGCUGAGACUGCAUUACUCGUGCAAAACCCUCGACGGGGUGCUGAUGCGCAAGGAGUUGGCCGGGUACGCGGCUUAUUGGAAUUGCGCGGUACAUUUGUACUUGACGAGGGAACGCGAUUGGUCGCGAUGUUCGAAAUCGUUUUGGUACAAUGAAAAUAUAACAGAAGGAAGAAUUUCGCAAGAUGGCAUGGCUGAAAUAAUCGAUAAACAACAAAACUUGCGAACGCUAUGGCUCAUUUGCGGAAACGAUGAAUUCAAUCAAUAUAUUUUCAACUCUUUACAAAAUUGCAAUAUCAAACAAGACCAUAUUCAAUUAUUAGAUAAUACUAUAAAAGAUUUAAAAGUAUCUUGACAUUACACAUCACAUAUGUACGAUUAUUGAUUAGGCAUCCUACAAUAAUAAUAUCUCAAACAAAUUACAAAUUGUUAAAAUGUAAUGCUAGGCAUUUAAAAUAAGAAUUUUAAUUUUCGUUUGAAUAUAAACAAACAAUUUAUGUAAA